UUCCACUGAGGGAAAAUCCAAGCUCCUGAUUCUGCUGUUACCGGGCCAGUAAAAGUGAUUCAGAUUGCAUGUAACAGUCUUCAGUGAACGACUCAUUUUUUCCGACGGCUGCAGGCACCAGAGGAGCGCCGCUACGCACAAACAGAGACUGCUCUGUGCUCUCUCUGUAAGCCAGUUUGGAGAUGCUCCAGGGGACAGUUAGCAGGGCUUGGCUCUUCCUGUCCUUCUGUCUCCUGUUGGGGAUCUGUUCUCCAGCAGAGGAUGGAGGACCAGCAAGUCCUCCUCCUAGUUUCCCCCCUGAGCAAGGGUCAGGGGAGUCGGAUUUCGAGGACUGGGAGUGGGGCUCUGGAUCGUCUCUUCUGCACCUGCUCCACAGCUUCCCUGCUGACAGCCCCUUCACAACAGAGUCUUCAGAAAAGCCAGUCAACUGCACGCAGCGCUUCUGGCUCCCUCCAUCAUCUCCAAUCUGCUGGGAAAACAUAGCAGGACCCAAAGAGUUUGCCAGGUCUCGUCUGCUUGUUUUGCAGAACAGGGCCGCCCUGCAGGCGGUGUCCACCUCCAGCGGGGUGGAGGAGGGAGGGCUGUCCUACGACCACCAAGCUAGAGAGGAGGUCCAGGGAAUCCGAUCAGACCACCAGAAAGUGACCGAAACUAUACAAAGCGUGGAGACCGUGUUUGUCUCUCUGGCAGAGAAGAGGAAAGAGGGCAAGGAGCGGGGUGUCUUUACAAGCAUGAAGGAGCAUCUCGCAAAUACGAGGGAUGCUCUCGAAGGCAGAGACCACAUGGCUAACCACCUGGAGGAGAAGUUUUCCACUUUGGAGGCGACGCUUCUCAAUGUACAGCUUCGACUUAGAAAACUCAUCCAUCACUGACGAUGCUGGAAACCCCUUAUUUGAACUGUAUUUAUAUGAUAUGAAUGUCUCAUAACGAUGUAGUCCAUGCAUGCAUGCUCAGGAUGAGUGUGGUUUGUAAUGAGAACAAAACACACUUGAUUUGCACCUUAUUAUGUCACCAGCUCGCCUGCCAAAAUAAAACGUGUAACCAAGAAUCAGCAGAAAUGAAUAAAUGUCACAUUUUCUUGGAGUUCUGAUGAACAGAGUUGUAAAGUCUAGUUUUACAGUCAACGUUUGACAUAACAGAACAAAAUGAACAUUGUAGCAUUUCUUAAAAUAAACACAUU